AUGGUGGUCCCCACACAGUUGUCUGCUGUCCCCUCCGGCCCCGCCCCUCGCCUGUCCCGCCGGCACCGACACCGGCACCGGGUGCUGCGGCGGCUGCUUCUGGGCGGCAAAAGCACCCCGGGCGACGGUUCUGUUCCUGUGAUGGGGAGCAUCAGGUUUUUCAGCCCUGUGGUUCGAAGUGCCAUCUCCAGAGCCUCUUCCCGCUCCCGGGGCCGUUCGGGGAACGGGAAUUCCUCCCGGGAUUUCCGAGAAGGCACGUGGCGGGGCGGGUUCGGAGCAGCCCCGCAGACGGGACGGUCCCGGCCGGUGGAAGGGAGGGAGGGAGGGAGGGCCGUGGCCGUGCCGUGGCUCGGGAAGGGCUCCGGGCCGCUCCCGCUGCCGCCGGUGCUGCCCCCCCCGCCCCCCGAGCGGCCCCGAGACCCGGCGUCGGGGGGAGGGAGGGGCGUGGUCGCCGCAGCUGGCCCCGCCUCCCCGUGUCGGCAGCCCAUUGGCCGGGGUCGGCGUGACGCGCGGCGCGGCGCCCAACGGAGAGCUGCCACACGGGGAAGAGGCCGGGCCGGGGGCGGGUGCGGGCCGGGGGCUCCGGGCCGGCCUGACCCCCCGCGUCCUCCCAGGUGCGGGCACUGCAAGAGGUUGGCGCCGGAGUACGAGUCGGCGGCGACCAGGCUGAAGGGGAUCGUGCCGCUGGUGAAGGUUGACUGUACAGCAAACUCAAACACCUGUAAUAAGUACGGAGUCAGCGGAUAUCCCACCUUAAAGAUUUUUCGAGAUGGAGAAGAGGCAGGAACCUACGAUGGGCCCAGGACAGCAGAUGGGAUUGUCAGUCAUCUCAAGAAACAGGCGGGACCUGCUUCGGUGGCUCUCAAUUCUGUGGCUGAUUUUGAGAAAUUCAUUGGUGACAAAGAUGCGUCUGUGGUGGGUUUCUUCAGAGAAGCCUCUGGUGAUGCUUAUUCAGAAUUCAUGAAAGCAGCUAACAACCUAAGAGAUAACUACCGUUUUGCACACACCAGUGAGGACCAGUUGGUGCAGAAGUAUGACGAAGAUGGAGAGGGUAUAGUCUUAUUUCGCCCUUCACGCCUGACAAACAAGUUUGAAGACAGCUCCAUCAAGUACACAGAAGAUAAAAUCACCAGUGUGAAGAUCAAGAAAUUCAUCCAGGAGAACAUCUUUGGCAUCUGUCCACACAUGACUGAAGACAACAAAGACUUGAUCCAGGGGAAGGACUUGCUGGUGGCGUAUUAUGAUGUGGACUACGAGAAGAACGCGAAGGGCUCCAACUACUGGCGCAACAGAGUUAUGAUGAUUGCAAAGAAGUUCUUAGAUGCUGGCCACAAACUCUCUUUUGCUGUCGCAAGUCGGAAAACCUUUAGCCAUGAGCUUUCAGAGUUUGGUCUAGACAGCAGCGCGGGCGAGGCUCCAGUGGUUGCCAUCCGAACUGCUAAAGGAGAGAAAUAUGUCAUGCAGGAAGAAUUCUCCCGCGAUGGAAAGGCUCUGGAGAGAUUCCUGCAAGAUUACUUCGAUGGAAACUUGAAAAAGUAUUUGAAAUCGGAGCCUGUCCCUGAAAGCAACGACGGCCCUGUGAAGGUGGUGGUUGCUGAGAACUUUGAUGAAAUCGUCAAUGCAGAAGACAAAGAUGUCCUGAUAGAGUUUUAUGCACCUUGGUGUGGCCAUUGCAAGAACCUGGAGCCCAAAUACAAAGAAUUGGGGGAGAAGCUCAGUAAAGACCCCAAUAUCGUCAUUGCCAAAAUGGAUGCUACAGCCAAUGAUGUGCCUUCUCCGUAUGAAGUCCGAGGCUUCCCCACCAUCUAUUUUGCUCCAGCUGGCAAGAAGCAGAGUCCAAAGAAGUACGAGGGUGGCAGAGAAGUGAGUGACUUCAUCAGCUACUUGAAGCGGGAGGCGACCAACGCUCCCGUGCUGCAGGAGGAAGAUAAAACCAAGAAAUCCAAGAAGAAGGUGAAGGAGGAUUUGUAAAGUACCCGCUCGUCAUUGUGUCAGGACGAGCUCCGUGUGAAUUGGGGAAGCACUGGGCAGACUGGGGCCAGUUCUGGGUUAUGGAGAGCCAGUGACCAUGUGGGCUGCGGGGACCCAGCUGCUGUAUCUAGUUCUGUUUAAUUUCCUGCCGUCUCUUAGCUGCACUGUUGUGGGGCUCCCCAGGCUGGUUUGUUUUGUGGUUUGGGAGGGGGUGGGGGGUAGGGUUAUUUUCUAAUUUUUUUUGUACAUUUGGAGAAGUGAAACAAUAAAAUGACCCCCUUAAGACCAAA